CACAAACCACCCCAGAUCCCUGCAAGACAGGGGACUAGAUAAAGGAAAGGAGAAGAAGCAGUGCAUCUCAGCAGUCCUCCCUCUGACCACACUCCUGCAGUGCCCUCUGACUACUCCCCACGCCACAGACACCAUGCUGCCUCCCAGAACCCUGCCCAGCCUUGCCUGGGUGCUGCUCUCCUGCCUGGUGCUCCUAUCCCAGGUCCAAGGUGAAGACCCUCAGAAGGAAGUACCCUCACCACGGAUCAGCUGUCCCCAGGGCUCCAAGGCCUAUGCCUCCCACUGCUAUGCCUUGUUUCUGUCACCCAAAUCUUGGAUGGAUGCGGAUCUGGCCUGCCAGAAGCGGCCCUCUGGACACCUGGUGUCUGUGCUCAGUGGGGCUGAGGGAUCCUUCGUGUCCUCCCUGGUCAAGAGAACUACAAACAGCUACUCAAAUAUCUGGAUUGGACUCCACGACCCCACUCUGGGCUCUGAGCCCAAUGGGGAUGGAUGGGAGUGGAGCAGCGGUGAUGUGCUCAACUACCUUGCCUGGGAGAAAGAGCCUUGUACCAUUGCAACCCCCGGCCACUGUGGGAGCCUGUUGAGAAGUACAGGAUUUCUGAUGUGGGAAAAGUACGACUGUACUGAGAAGUUACCUUAUGUCUGCAAGUUCAAGGACUAGGCCAGCUGGGAAGUUGGCCGCCUGAGACUGGUAUGCAGCUCAUCAUGGACACGGGACCAGUGUGAAGACUCACCCUGGAAGAGAAUAUUCUUCAUGUACCCCACAAACAUGAACACCUCUAUUUUGACCUUCCCUCCUCCUUAAACUCAUUCAGGCUUUUCUGUGUAUUCCAUGGCCUGAGGUCUCAGAGUAAUAAUAAAAAUGUUGGUUCAUGCUUA